GGCACAGGUGGGGGCACUGCUGGGCAUGGGUGGGCGGGGCUAGUGGGCGCACUGCUGGGAGGAACUUGCGGGGGUCACUGCUGGGCACCGAUCAUCAGGGCACUGAUCAUCAGUGCCCUGAUGAUCGGUGCCGAUCCCCGCUCUGACAACUGCCGGUUCUCGGCAGUACUUUCCUCACGAUCUGACAGCUGCCGGUUCUCAGCUGCACUUUCCUCACGCUGUCAGAUCGUGAGGAAAGUACUGCCGAGAACCGGCAGUUGU